AUGGCGGCAUCCCGGCGCGCGGCGGUCGCGCCCUUCUUCGCGAUGGAAAUUCUCAAGGCCGCGACAGCGCGCGCGGCGGAAGGCGCGCGGGUCUUCCACAUGGAGACGGGGGAGCCGGGCUCCGGCGCGCCCAAGCCCGUUCUCGACGCAGCGCAGGCGGUCUUGGCCGCUGAAAAGAUCGGCUACACCGAGGCCCGCGGCGUGCUGCCGCUGCGCGAGCGCAUCGCCGUUUACUAUGAGGAACGCUACGGCUUCGCCCCGCCGGUCGAGCGUAUCGUGGUCACGACCGGCGCCUCAGCCGGGCUCAUGCUCGCUUUCCUCGCCGCCUUCGACGUCGGCGAACGGGUGGCGCUCGCCAAUCCCGGCUAUCCCGCCUACCGCAACACGCUGCAGGCGCUCGGGCUUGAGCCGGUGCUGCUCCCGACAACGGCGGAGACCCGCUUUCAGCCCACCGUGGCGAUGCUGGAGGCGCUGGAGAAGCCGAUCCAGGGCCUGAUCGUCGCGAGCCCAUCGAACCCGACCGGGACCAUGCUGCCCAGGCGCACGCUAGAAGCGGUUGCGGCCUUCUGCGACGGCCGGGGCAUCCGGGUGGUCUCCGACGAAAUCUACCACGGCAUCACCUAUGGCGAACCGGCGGCCAGCGUCGCCGCCUUCUCCGAAAGCGCAGUCGUGAUCAACGGCUUCUCAAAAUAUUUCGCGAUGACAGGCUGGCGGCUCGGCUGGAUGGUUGUGCCCGAUGACCUCGCGCGGGCAGUGGAGCGGCUGACGCAAAACCUCUUCAUCUCGCCGCCGGCCCUUUCGCAGCGGGCCGCGCUCGUCGCGUUCGACUGCCAGGACGAGCUGGAGGCCAACGUGGCGCGUUACGCCCGCAACCGCAGCAUCGUCCAGCGGGCGCUUCCGGCCGCCGGUUUCGGCGCGCUCGCACCCUGCGACGGGGCCUUCUACGCCUAUGCCGACGUCUCGGGCCUGACCCGCGACAGCGAGGCCUUCUGCCGGCGCAUGUUGGCCGAGUGCGGGGUCGCGGCGACCCCCGGCAUCGACUUCGACACCGAGCGCGGCCGGGCCUUCGUCCGCUUCUCCUAUGCGGGUGCCACGGAGGAAGUGGAAGGCGCCUGCGCUGCCCUCGAGCGCUGGCUCACGCCAACCGGCUGA